AUGCUGCCUUUGAUAUCUGGUACCCGUGCCCUUCAGCAUGCCAGAGUUGUUGGCUAUGCAUCUCAGCGAGUUGCCAGUGUCAUCGACCGAAUCCAAGGUGGCACAAGAGUGGCUGGGCAUGAAGAUGUCAAUCCAUGUCAUACCGUGGGUUGGGUUCAUUCUACGUAUUUCAGUUUGUCAACAAAGCGCUAUAGUACACAUGAUGCCUUUGUGCAGCCGAAGCAGGUGCCGACGCAUGUCCUGCGUCGAAGAGAGGGCUGGGGCGUGCAUAGCCCUGCAGGGGCAAGAUUUGGUAGGGUAGUCAACACAACAGAGCGCUUGAUACUUGAACCAACUGAGGAGGAAAGGAAGCUUGCUUCUCAGCUUAAAGCAGUAGGCAAUCAAAAGAGUGGUCACCGGCAAUGGCACAAUCUGUAUGCGGAAUAUUCUGGGUCCAGUCCAUUGGUCCUGACUGCUGCAAUGUAG